CUUCGUCUCGAUACACACCACACAUACCGCCGACCUUUCCCCCUCUCUUUCCUUCGCCCCUCUCUGUUGAUAUCUCUUUCUUUCAUUAUAAUAGGUACCCAAAAAAGUGAACUCGACUUGUUGCCAAUCGUCAUCAGGGGACCUUACCGCCCUAAGCUCACCGCAACAAUGAGCAGUUCUCCCCUUCGCAACCACCCCAGCGCCGCUAACAGGGGACCAUCGGCGAGGUCAAGUCGCAAACGGUCCCGUACGACUGGCCCCGAUGGCUCCUCCGUCGCCACCCCGUCAAGUCCCAUGGCUUCCUCGCCGCCGGCCUUCGACAUGGCACACGGUGUUGACGACGAGGACGACAUUGAAGAGGAGGCCGAGAUUCAGGACGACUUGGAUGACGUGGACGAAAUGGCCGAGGACGACGUGGACCUCUUCCGCGAAGGGUUCGAACAAGAUUACCGCGACAAAGAAGACGACACGUAUGAAGCGAUAGGCCUCGACGACGGAGGCGAUUACGAUCAGAUGGACCUCGGGGCCCGCCGGCGACUCGAAGCCCAGUUAGCCCGCAGGGAUCGUGAGGUGGCCCGCCGGCAACGGAUCCCCGCGGCUUUCCUUCCCGGCGAGGACGACGACGCCGACAUCGACCUCACGGCCCAGCCCCGUCGACGCCGCCAUGCGUACGACGAGGACCCGGACGAGGAUAUGGAUGCCGACAUCAUGGACGAGGAGCUCUCCUUGGAAGCCCUCCAAGACGUCAAGGCGGCCACCCUGACCGAAUGGGUCUCGCAGCCCUUCGUGCAACGCACCAUCAAGAGGGAGUUCAAGGCCUUCCUGACCGAAUACAUCGACGAAAGCGGGUCCUCCGUCUACGGCAACCGGAUUCGCACCCUUGGCGAGAUCAACGCCGAGACGCUCGAGGUGUCGUACGAUCACCUGUCAUCGUCCAAGGCCAUUCUCGCCUAUUUCCUCGCCAACGCCCCCGCCGAGAUGCUCAAGCUCUUCGACGAGGUGGCCAUGGAUGUCGUCCUUCUCCACUACCCCGACUACGAGCGCAUCCACUCCGAGAUUCACGUCCGCAUCUUCGACCUGCCCGUUCACUAUACCCUGAGACAGCUGCGCCAGUCCCAUCUCAACUGUCUGGUCCGCGUCAGCGGCGUGGUCACGCGCCGUACCGGCGUGUUUCCGCAGCUCAAAUACGUCAAGUUUGACUGCACCAAGUGCGGGGUGACGCUGGGUCCCUUCCAGCAAGAGUCCAACGUCGAGGUGAAGAUCACGUACUGCCAGAACUGCCAGUCGCGGGGUCCCUUCACUCUCAACUCGGAGAAGACGGUGUACCGGAACUACCAAAAGCUCACGCUCCAGGAAUCGCCCGGCACGGUCCCGGCGGGCCGUCUCCCCCGGCACCGGGACGUGAUUCUGCUUUGGGACCUUAUCGACAAGGCCAAGCCCGGCGAGGAGAUCGAGGUGACGGGCAUCUACAGGAACAGCUACGACGCGCAGCUCAACAACCGCAACGGCUUCCCCGUGUUCGCCACCGUUCUCGAGGCGAACAACGUGGUCAAGUCGCACGAUCAGCUUGCCGGCUUCCGCCUGACCGAAGAAGACGAGCAGGCCAUCCGGAAGUUGUCUCGUGACCCGGCCAUCGUCGACAAGAUUAUCAACUCGAUCGCGCCGAGCAUCUACGGCCAUGCGGAUGUCAAGACGGCCGUCGCCCUGUCCCUGUUUGGCGGUGUCGCCAAGGUGGGCAAGGGCGGGCAUCACGUCCGCGGGGACAUCAACGUCCUCCUGCUCGGCGACCCGGGUACGGCAAAGUCCCAGGUGCUCAAGUACGUGGAGAAGACGGCGCAUCGUGCCGUGUUCGCGACGGGCCAGGGGGCCAGCGCCGUCGGCCUGACGGCCAGCGUCCGCCGCGACCCGUUGACGAGCGAGUGGACGCUGGAGGGCGGCGCGCUCGUGCUCGCGGACAAGGGCACCUGCCUGAUCGACGAGUUCGACAAGAUGAACGACCAGGACCGGACGUCGAUCCACGAGGCCAUGGAGCAGCAGACCAUUUCCAUCUCCAAGGCGGGCAUCGUGACGACGCUGCAGGCGCGCUGCGGCAUCAUCGCGGCGGCCAACCCCCAAGGCGGGCGUUACAACUCGACGAUCCCGUUUUCGCACAACGUGCAGCUGACGGAGCCCAUCCUGUCGCGUUUCGACAUUUUGUGCGUGGUCCGCGACACGGUCGAGCCGGCGGAAGACGAGCGGCUGGCGCGCUUCAUCGUGGGUUCGCAUAGCCGGAGCCACCCGCUGUCGCAGGCGGCGCAGGCGGCGACGCAAGGAUCGUCGAUGGACGUGGAACACGACUCGGAGCAGCAGCAGCAGCAGGACACGCAAGCCGAGGGCGGGAAGAAAGAGGACGAGAUCCCGCAGGAGCUUCUACGAAAGUACAUAUUGUAUGCGCGCGAACGUGUGUCGCCCAAGCUCUAUCACAUGGACGAGGACAAGGUGGCGCGACUGUUUUCCGACAUGAGACGGGAGUCGCUGGCGACGGGAGCGUAUCCCAUUACGGUUCGUCAUCUGGAAGCCGUCAUCCGCAUCAGCGAGGCAUUCUGCCGGAUGCGUCUCUCGGAGUACUGCUCGUCGCAAGACAUGGACCGCGCCAUCGCGGUGACGGUAGAAAGCUUUGUCGCCAGCCAGAAGCUCAGCUGCAAGAAGGCCUUGGCGCGGGCGUUUGCCAAGUAUACGCUGGGAAGGCCACGGCCGGGCGCGAGCGGUGGCAGCGGCAGUGGCAGUGGCAGCGGCGGUGGCAGCGGCGGUGACAACUCCCAGCGCAGGGCGGGACGGCCAUCGAGGCGAGUAGGGUCUGUCGCUGCCUGACCCAGACAAGCGAACUGUAUAUAAUGGAAAGCUUGUUUGUUGGGGAGGUCUGACGAGGGAUGGCUGGAAGGGAUACCUAGGAACGACGCCUAUGAGUGAGUUUGUGUUGCAUUUUAUGACGGUUGCUUCUGUGCUGGUUGGGAAGAAAAUGAUCAGGCAAUGGUAAUUGAUAAUUCUGGGUUCAUAUAUUAAACUGUUCUUAUUUCCGAGUUGUAUGGGAUUAUAUUCUGGUUGGGGGGUUCUGAUCUCCAUCUCCGUAAUAGUGUGAGGUAGAGAGAAAGAGUCGGGGUCGUCUCUUUGCAUCAACCGAGUUCUGUUGGACAGUUCGGGUUUGUACGGAAUACGGAGUAACUACACUGUACGGAUAUUUAGUACUAAUCAGUUAGUAAUCAUUUGCCCCGAG